AUGACAACACUGGGAAUAAACCUUAUUAAUUUACCAUUUUGCCACUAUUCGCAAUCCCUGUCUCCAAACCCAAAUGUUCCAUUCAUCGUUCCCUCCACGCAUACUAGGAAUUUAACUCUUAAAACCUUUUCCAUUUCCUUCAAAAAGUCUCGCUUUUCUCCAAUUCAAGCUUCUUCUAUGGCUUCAUCCACUGUCACUGACACGCAGAAACCAUUCUCUGUUCUCUUUGUGUGUCUUGGUAACAUCUGUAGAAGCCCAGCUGCCGAAGGGGUUUUCACAGACUUGGUUAAGAAAAGGGGCUUUGAUUCGAAGUUCAAAAUCGAUUCUUCUGGGACAAUCAAUUAUCAUGAAGGAAAUGAAGCUGACCCGAGAAUGAGAGCUGCAUCAAAGAGACGUGGGAUUCAGAUAACUUCACUUUCAAGGCCAAUUAAGUCAUCUGAUUUUGUUGAAUUUGAUCUUAUUCUUGCUAUGGACAAGCAAAACAAAGAGGACAUAUUGGAAGCUUUUAACAGAUGGAAGUUUAGAGAUCCUAUACCUGACGAUGCCCACAAAAAGGUUAAGUUGAUGUGCUCAUACUGUAAGAAGAACAGUGAAACUGAAGUCCCAGAUCCUUACUAUGGUGGACCUCAAGGCUUUGAGAAGGUGUUAGAUUUGCUUGAAGAUGCUUGUGAAUCAUUGCUGGAUAACAUUUUGGCAGAAAAUAAACAUAUACAAGAAUCCUAA